CAAGAAGCAGAGGAAAUAAUUAAUGUCUGCAGUGGAGGAGACUUCUUGAAGUGUGAAGUAUGAUCAUCAGCUUCACUCAUCAUGCACCGGGCCCUUCUGGCUUGGCAAGGACUAAAGGAGUGGAGAGAGGCUCUUCGGAGGUUGAAGAGAUGUCCUGUUAAACUGACCUUGCAAAGUGUGGGGAGGAGCCUUGAGAUUCACCAGGGAUUGAUGCAGGAAUUGUCGGUUCACAGGAGGAGCAUGGCUCUGAGGGCAUGUGGCUUGAUAAUCUACAGGAGGCUACAGCCAGGAUGCCCUUCUUCUAAAGUUGGCAACAACAUUGAAUACCUCCUUCUGCAGACAUCGUAUGGGACUCACCACUGGACCCCACCAAAAGGCCACGUGGACCCAGGGGAAGAUGAUCUGGAGACAGCCCUGCGGGAGACGCAAGAAGAGGCCGGACUUGAUUCCAGGCAGAUCACUCUCGUCGAAGGAUUUAAGAAAGAGCUGCAGUAUGCCGUCAGGGGCAAGCCCAAAACCGUUAUCUACUGGCUGGCAGAAAUAAAGGACCACAACAUGGAGAUCAAGCUCUCGGAUGAGCACCAGGAUUUCCGCUGGCUGAACCUGGAGGAAGCCUGCAAGCUCGCUCAGUACAAGGACAUGCAGGCAGUGCUUAGAGAUGCACAGCAGUUUCUCUCUUCGAAGGCUUAAAAGCUUGCAUGAAGGAAGAAGGGGAUCUUGCAGGAG